AAGCAACUGCAAAAGAAACGCGUUCAUCCACGUUUGCCUAUGCGGCAAUCACAAACUCAAAGUGGGUUCUCGCACAAUAAGUUACAACAUCUCUAACCUUGUCACAGUGGCCGGAGCACUGGUGAGCGGCUCGCCUCCACGAUCUCGCCGGGAGACUUUGGGCCCCGUCGAUCAGAAUGCGCAAGCUCUUCCGAAACCACAAGACGAUGGUCACUCCGAUGGAGCAAACAUCAUCUCAAAGUACCGGAUGGCCAUGCGCAACCCUGACUGGCGUCGAAAGGGGGGUGGAAGUGCUGUCAACAACUCCGAAUCAGCAAAUACCGACCCUCUCAGCAUCGAAACAGCACCUGAGCGUCAUAAGCCUGAAUAUGCCGAGCAUGUGCAGCACAGGCAUGCACACAAGUCUCCAAGUGGACCUGAGCAUUGUGAUUUGUCGUCGUCUCCAUCCUUCUACGCCGUCCGGCAACCAUCUCACUCAGAAGUCAAGUCGACCUGCGAUACUACGCGCUCGCCUCGAUACACUAGCUGGCAGGGACAAGACGACAUGCAAGACGACGAAGCUCGAUUCUUGUGCGAGCUAAUGAGCCACAAGGCCCUACCCAGUCCUGACGCGCGACCUUUGAGCCUCAUGGAGGUGCGUCGCCCAGGGAAGGCCGACUCCAAAAACGAUCACUCGCACUUUGUCGAGCUCAAGCCAGCGCCCUUGGACUCCCACAAGCGACUUUGGCAUCGCCAAGAUGUGUCACCUGAUGCUCAAAGCGAACAGUUUCAUGCAGCGCUUCAAGCUGUGGAUACAACUCCUUAUCGGAUGAGGCCUGCGAAGCGCCCUGCUAUCAUCCCCAACGUCACCUUCACCGACCCAGCUUCUGAGAAGCACGCAGGCCAUGCCCCUGUGUACUCUGAUGUCAACUCAAGAAGCCGCGAGGGGACAGAGUCUAGCUUUGGCGGAUGGGGUCAGUUUUCUUCAGAUCCUCCCACAUUGCCUAGCUACGCGCAUCAGUCCCCAGGCAUGCCGCGAAGAGGCAAUGGUUCCACUCUCGACUCAGGCUGGGGCAGUGUGCGUUUCUCUGAAACGAUGCAUCACCACACAGUCAGAGACGACAAAUACGCCAAGAUGCUCGAGAAGCUGCAUGGCAAAGGUCCCAAGCAGCACACAUCCGCCCAUGGUCAGCCUCAUGAUGCACGCAUGACCAACUCCGAUGAUUCCGGUUAUGCUUCCAUGCGCAAAGGAGAUAAUUAUACACUGUCUUCAUUGGCCGAUUCAACAGGACUGACUACUAAAGAGAGUGAGAAUCUCAACCCCAAGGCGCGAGAGUUCCUUUCUUUUUCACUUAAGAAGGAACAACAACAGAGGAAAGAACAGGAGGAAAGUUUGAGGAGCUUUCGACCCAUGCCAAUUAAGGAAUUGUUUGUGAAAGACAGUCAGACUCGGGAGACGUCAGCAGAUAAGGCUCUGGACCCGGUGAACUUCAUCGAUCCAGGCGCUGCACUGACCAGCCAGCAUCCUUUCAAUGCCUCACUACCAAUGAUGGCAAUGGCUGCUGCCAAUGGUCUUUACAGAAACAUGGGCAGUCCAGGUCCUGCUUUCAAUGCGACGCCGUUUCAGUUUCCAAACUACAACGCUACAUGGGCUCCUGGCCAGAUGCCGUACAACUUCCCAACGCCGAACCCAUUCAAUAGAAUGAAUUGGUUGGCAGGACUCUCGAGCCCACUGACGAGUCCAAUUCAACCCGGGCCGCCUACAAAUUUUACACCUCCAGCAUUGCAUACCAUGAACCCGACGGCUCCUGCAUUUUCCAACCCGGCCCCCGUUCCCAAGCCUCGUCGACCUGAUCCGAGUGAUCAGCAGGCCUACGAAGCUUACAUUGAAUGGCGCAAGGCCAAUGAGCCCGGAUAUGCUGCGCAGUGUAAGCUCAGGCAACAGCGCCGCAGCCAGCGCAACGUGGCCAAGGUGAGGAUCACGCGCCCGCCUGAAGCUGUACCUGCCGGGAAGACUUCGCCCCCUGUCACCAAGGAUGAACCUAGCACUGUGGUUCCCGAGGCCACUUCUGUGUAGCCCUUUGAAGUUUCAGCUUCACGAAGACUCUUCUAGCGAUAUCAUUUGAAAGCGACUAUGCCUCUAUGGAUUUCGACAUCACAUGCAGACGGCUGCUGUUUGCCUUGAGGCUCCGAUGGCCGACAAAAGAAAGGUAUUUUGCUUUGCAUUAUUGUAUGAUCGCUUGUUGUAUUGCGCAUUGUGGAAUCCCCCAUUCUUUCUACCAUUGUACUUUAGAAUUUGGUUCGUUGAGGCGGACUUGUUGUUGGACAGCCCUCUAUCUCUCGAGUUGGCAGCGAGAAUCAUGUUUGCCCGAACGGCAUAGGGGGCAUAUGUAUUAACCAUGGGAUGCCCUAUGGGCCUGUCUCAAGCUAGAGUAUAGUUUGAAAAUUC